AUGAACACAUAUCCUCACCCACACUCACACAAACGAACCACACCAGAGGCGCUGUUCACCGUCGAGCUCUUCCUCUGCGGCUUCGUCGAGGCCAAGCGCUGGGUCGACUUUGUCAAGCCCGGCAGCCAGGGCGAGCCCGGCAGCUUCCUGGGCUUCGAGUCCAGCCUCAAGGGCGUGAAGAACGGCUACCCUGGCGGCGUGUUCGACCCCCUGGGCCUCACCAAGGAGUCCCCCGAGAAGACCAGGGAUCUGGAGGAGAAGGAGCUGCGCAACGGCCGCCUGGCCAUGGUGGCCUUCGCCGGCUUCCUGGCGCAGCACGCGGCCACCGGCAAGGGGCCGAUCGACAACCUGUUGGACCACGUGGCCUCCCCCCUCACCACCACCAUCUGGGACAACGGCGUCAGCAUCCCUCUCCUGGUGUAA